ACAUGUGGUAGCAGAGUAAAUAUUGACGGGAAAAGCACAUUAGAGGUGAGAGAUCACUUCAGGACGAAUUUGAACUCGUUUACCGCCUUCUAUCGACAUAUAUAGACGAUUAGCAAUGUGUUUACGCGUUCGGGACGCUUAUAAUGUGUUUCAAAGCGCAAUGACUUGUUUGAUGCGUCGAUACGUGAGCAGCAGCGCAUCAGAGGAUCACCUGAAGAACUUCAUUAUAGAUAACACAGAGAUAGUGAGCAGUCAAAGUUUAACUCCAGAGAUUUCUUUAAGACUAUUUACACCAAACUGCCGGUUUUGGACCGACAAACCUGAAUUAUGGCCUUUCCCUGACCCCUACUGGGCAAUAUAUUGGCCGGGUGGACAGGCACUGACUAGGUAUCUCUUAAACAACCCUGAGGUGUCUACAGGCAGAAAAGUGCUGGAUCUCGGUUGUGGCUGUGGAGCGUCAGCCAUAGCUGCCAAACUUAGUGGAGCUUCUCAUGUGCUGGCCAGUGACAUUGAUCCAAUUGCUAUAGUUGCCACAAAAUUGAACUGUGAUUUAAACAACUUGGAGCAUCUACCCUGUGUGACAGAAAACAUGAUUGGUUCAAAGCCUGAAGACUGGGACCUCAUCCUUCUAGGAGACAUGUUCUAUGAUGAAGCUCUGGCUGAUAGUCUGCAUAAGUGGCUUAACACAUGCAUUGUCACACAUGGAACACAAGUACUUAUUGGUGACCCUGGAAGGGCUCAAUUUGAAAGCCAUGGCAUCAGAAGACUAUUACAUCAACUGGCUCAUUUUGAGUUACCUGACUCGGUCAAAGAGGAAAAUUAUGGACUAACAAGUAGCACAGUGUGGUGCUACAACCCUGACCUCUGACAGCUAAUGUAUUUAAAUGGUAAAAGUUAAAACGGGUAAAUUAAACUACACUAUAGUUCUAAGAAUAUGCAAAUGUUCAACAAUUAUUGCUUUUUUAUUUGUACCUAUUUUAAUAGUAUUUCCAGUUUUGAAGCUACAAAAAUCACACAAGUCAGCAGAAAAGUAUUCCAUAAGACUCCAGUGGUUAAAUCAAAAUGUUCAGAAGAGUUAUUAUUUGUGUGUUUGUGUGAGUGAGUGAGUGAGUUUGAGAAACAGAUUACUUUCACAGUCUUCUCCUUGUGUUUUUGGUGAUACACAUUUUUCAAGUAUAUUGCUCCAUACUGGGCUGGGACAAAAAUUGACUUAAAUAUAGAUUUUUUUUUCUCUCCCACAUCUAUCAUAUCACUUCUGAAAAUAUAGAUUCAUUUUGGAUUCCUUAUAUGAUGCCUUUAUGUGCUUUUUGGAGCAUCACAUUUUUGCCACCCUUUCAGUUGUCUGGACCUACAGAUCUGAAAUAUUCUUCUAAAAAUCAUAAUUUGUGUUCUUCAGAAGAAAGAAAGUCAUACACCUGAGAUGUCAUGAGUGUGAGUAAAUAAUGAGAAUUAGUAUUUUUGGGUGAACUAUCCCUUUAAAUUUUGUACUGCAGUUUGUAAACAUUUACAAUAAAAACAGUGAAGACUAAAUUACAUUGUAGAAAUGCAUCUGAUUUGUUAUACAUUUGAGCAAGACAUAAGCAUGUAAGUCUUUUUAUAUCAGAAUACACUCCAUGACACUUGUUGGAUCUGGGCAGUUUCGUCGCAUAUUGACGCGCCGGGUACACCUUUGGCGUCAUUUUUCGACGCGCAGGGCAGUCCCAUAGACUUCCAUGUAUCUCCGCGAACCGGAGCGUGCAGCGUUCAAAUGUCACGUCUCGGGUAAGCUCACGCCGCGAACGGGUGGACAGUCGAGACAGCGAUCAAUAACAAUCAAAAGGAAUAGGCUGCAAUGGCCCUCCAACUGUUUUGUGAUGUUUAAAACCCCGGAGACGUCACGUUGUACAUAUCUCCGAACCGGAGCGCGCAGCGUUGAAAUGUCACGUCUCGGGUAAGCUCACGCCGCGAACGGGUCGAAAGUACGCUACAAUGGCCCUCCAACCGGUUUUUUAUGUUUCCAAACCGGACGCGUCGUAAAACGACGCCAAAGGUACACCCGGCGCGUCAAUAAGCGACGCCAAGGGGUCCUGCCCGAGCGUCCGUAUGUGACGAGUUGGGGUGUGAAAAUGUGUUGGCCAA